UAAUUUUUUAGCAGAAAAUUAAUAAUUGGGUGGGGCUCGUACAAAAUGGAACUUUUGGAAGAGAUAAAAGAUGAAAUUGAGCUAGGAAAAGGAGUGGAUAAACUAGAGGACUCUCUCAAAGAGAAGCAAAUAAAACCUAGCGAUAGGGUAGGGAAGGAUGGAUUCUCUCUCACGCACUGGGCUUGCUACUAUGGGAAUGCAAGGGCUCUACAGCAGCUUCUAUACCAUGAAAAUGAGGCUGCUGUCAUUGUUGAAAAGCACGGCUGGACACCAGGACAUCUCUGUGCUAUACAUGGACAGCAAGGUUGCUUACAGAUUUUACUAGAGUAUGGCAUUGACAUACAAGCAAAAGAUAGUAGAGGUUACACUAUUGGGCACUUAGCAGCUGCUCAUGGAAACUCAUACUCACUCAAAUCAAUCUUGGACUUUGGCUAUGAUACCGAGAGCAUUGACUUCAGGCAUUGGACAGCAAUCCAUCAUGCUGCUUUUCAUGGUCGUUAUGCAGCAGUACAAAUGUUAGCAAAAAGGGGCAGUAAUCUAAUGGCAGUUAAUGAAGAUGGCAACAUAGCUGCUCAUUUAGCUGCUAGUGAAGGACACAUGCAGUGCCUCAGUCUACUGGUCUAUUAUGAUCAUUCUCCAUUAAAAGUGCUACAAAGUCAUAAUGACAAGGGUGCUACUCCUAAAGACUUAGCAAUUCAAUUUCAAAAGCAAAACUGUGCUGAUUUUCUAGCAUCCUCAGAAAGAGAAGCAGAAAUAGAUGAGACUGAAGGAGGAGAAGAAAAACACAUUGGGUUCCAGGCAGCCUGUGAUGGGAACAUACAACUUCUGAGCAUGCUUAUACUGGAUGGUCACUGCAGUGUUAAUCAACAAGAUGGAAGGGGCUCAACUCUAGCACAUAAAGCAUCAGGCAAUGGACGUCUUAAAUGUCUCCAGUGGUUGCUUGAUCAUGGAGCUGAUGUAUCACUAAGGAACAGUUUGGGUGAAACACCAAUUGAUGUAGCAAGGAAAUAUGGAAAGACUGAAUGCGUUGCAUUACUUGGAGGUGGAACAGGAUUAGAAACUGAAGAAAUGAUGAACCAGUCACCAGAAACACUGGAAAGAGCACAAGAGGAAAUAGACAAACUGACAAAUGCACUUAUCAUUGCACGGAGGCACUAUCAGAAUCUUGGAGGUAGUGUUGAAGAUGAGGCAGAAGAGAAACUAAAAAUAGCAACAGAAACACAUAACAGGACUGUAACCGAUUUGAAGAGCCAGUUAGAAAAUGAGAAGGAGAAAAGAGAAAAGAUAGAAAAGGAGCUGGAUCAGGCCAGAAUUCAACUCUAUCAAGCAAAAGAAGACACAAAGCAUUACAAAUCACUUUUGACAGCCGAUCAAAACACAAGUGGAUUUCCAGCAGCUGGAGCUGGUUCUAAAUCGCCAAAAUGUGCCCAAAAGAAGUCAAACAAAUCAAAUUACAGAGAGAGAGAAGGAGGAGCUUAUUUCAGAAUGAAUAAGAAAUGAGAGACAAAUGUAACAGUGUGUACAAUGUAUGUAUAUUUAUGUCUCCAUUGAUUCAGACAAAUCUUUUUUCCCA